CAAGGAUGUUCCAGGUUCUAUCUAGAAGUAUUUUGUAUUGUUUAAUCGGAGAUUACGUUUGUAAAUCACAAAUCUGUGAUGGAAGGUGCUGUGAUGGCUACAUAUUCGAUCCAGCAAAUGCAACUUGCAAAAGAUGCAGUCCCGGAUACUUCGGUGUAAACUGCAGUACACAGUGUCCUUACCCUCUGUAUGGCCACACCUGUCAGAGUGUGUGUUUGUGUAAUAUGGAUGCAUGCAGUCCAGCAAACGGAUGUCUACAUGUCGUUACGGCAGAAGCGACUACGAAACCUUUGUCCACAGAGGAGGAAGAUAAGGAGACAACAUCCCACCAUUCCCAAGCAACAGUUACAAAAAGAAAAGUGUCUACAGUCGUCCAAUCGACUACGACCAGGAUCCAGUUGCACGAACGUUAG